CGGGCUGCGCUGGACGCGGCCAUGAAGAAACGGAGAGGCAGCCGGAGGAUCCCUGGCGCGGGUUAGAGCCCGUAACGGACACGGAAUCGGGAAAGCGCCACUCGGGAAUGGCGGGCCCUGCCGCCGCCGCUGCUGCUGGCGGCCGGGGGACAUCGCUGCGCUUCUGGCGGGCCUUGGUGGUGCUGUGGGGUUGCUGCUCGGACAGCGUGUGUCGGGGCGGCCCUGGGGUCAACGUCUACCUGAGCGUGGAGGAGACACGGCGGCUGAUCGGUCUUGAUGCUGAGUUGUAUUAUGUACGGAACGAUGUUGUCAGUUAUUACGCACUUCCUUUCAAGUUACUUGUACCCGGGGAGACCAACAGCCUUCAUUUCACUUGGCAUGCAAAAUCCAAGGUUGAAUACAAGUUGGGCUUUCAGGUGGACAACCCAGCAGUCAUGGAUAUGCCUCAAGCUAAUAUCUCUGCACAAGGAGAGAUUCCACACAAAGAAUCAGUAUUUAGAGUGGACCUGUUAUGCACAGGAACAUUUGAUUCAGAGGUGGCCAUGGAAAUGCAGCUUAACUUGACUGUUAAUUCCUCAAAGAACAUCACAGUCCUGAACUUCAAAAGGAGGAAAAUCUGUUUCAAAAAACCUGAACCGGAAGAAAAAUCUCCUAUUUACCCAGGCAAAAACAGCAGCAAAGAUGGACGAACUGCUUUUGAUGCUGUUCACACAGCACCCACUACCUCUACCCGUGUGUUCUACAUCAGCGUUGGAGUAUGUUGUGCUGUCAUAUUCUUGGUGGCAAUUAUACUGGCUGUUCUUCACCUGCACAGUAUGAAAAGAGUGGAACUCAGUGAUAGUAUGAGUGAGAGUGGAAGCUCUCAGGGCCUGUCACAACCUUCCACGCAGACCACGCAGUAUCUGAGAGCUGAUACACCCAACAAUGCAACACCUGUCACUAGAAGUGAUCUGAAGGAACUUCCUGGGUGCAAUCCUGAAGAAGAAAGGCAAAAUGGUGUCACCCAAGCUUCCAAAAAGUCAGGUUACCCAACACUGCGGAUAGAAAAGAAUGAUCUCAAAAGUGUUACACUGGCAGAAGCAAAGGCCAGAGUAAAAGACAUUGCAAUUUCCAGAGAAAGAGUCACUUUCAAAGAUGUUCUUCAGGAAGGUACCUUUGGCCGAAUCUUCCAUGGGGUUUUAGUUGAUGAGAAAGAUCCAAAUAAAGAGAAGAAUGUUUUCAUUAAAACAGUAAAAGACCAUGCUUCAGAAGUGCAAGUGACUAUGAUGUUGACAGAGAGCUGCAAACUGCGUGGACUUCAUCACAGAAACCUGCUACCUAUCAAUCAUGUUUGCAUAGAAGAUGGGGAGAGGCCUAUUGUACUGCUGCCCUAUCUCAACUGGGGGAACCUGAAACUCUUCCUUCGACAGUGCAAGCUUGCUGAGGCCAACAAUCCUCAGGCAAUAUCUCAGCAGGACCUUGUACAUAUGGCCAUUCAGAUUGCCUGUGGAAUGAGUUACCUAGCCAGGAGAGAAGUUAUUCAUAAAGACUUGGCGACAAGAAAUUGUGUAAUUGACGAUAGCCUUCAGGUAAAGAUUACAGACAAUGCGCUCUCCAGAGAUCUCUUCCCUAUGGACUACCACUGCUUGGGAGACAAUGAGAAUAGACCUGUUCGGUGGAUGGCACUUGAAAGUCUUGUCAACAAUGAGUUUUCUAGUGCAAGUGAUGUGUGGGCAUUUGGAGUUACAUUGUGGGAGCUCAUGACAUUGGGACAGACUCCAUAUGUUGACAUUGAUCCUUUUGAGAUGGCUGCUUAUCUUAAGGAUGGAUACAGAAUAGCCCAGCCAAUCAACUGUCCAGAUGAACUAUUUGCAGUGAUGGCCUGCUGUUGGGCCUUGGAUCGUGAUGAGAGACCAAAGUUCCAGCAGCUAGUGCAGUGCCUGACUGAAUUUCAUGCUGCCUUAGGGGCCUAUGUCUGAACUGAGGUCCAUUCACAAAUGAAAUCUUCAACACUAAGCAGAAUUAAAAUAAGAAACAAAGAAAAUCGGGGGAAAUAUUUCUUCUGAAGCAGAGUGCCUUGAAAUUCUUUCUUAGUUUUGUUUUGUAAAAUAUCGUGAUAAUGUGAGUUUUGGUAUUUCAUAAUACAGCAUCAUGUUUACUGAAUGAAUACAUUUUUACUAAGCUCCAUAUUGGGGUGAGGUUUCUGGAGCAGCCAAAUUUAUUAGACCAACAUCAGUUUUGAACUUGGACGCUCAUUUCUUAGCUCCUAUUACCUAUAUUCCAUGGGAGCCAGAUUUUAAAAAUUGUUUAUGAAACACAUUGUGACAUGAUUUUUGAAUGACUGUGCUGCUGCUUAUCUACACCAUAGCACCAUUUCCCAAAUGGUUCACUGCUUCACAAAGCUUUGGUUCAUUUUCAGAAGUAACCAAAAUCCAGGUCCAUUCCUAUGCCUUGUGUAAUUCUUAAGCCUCUUGCACUUUGAAGCAUGCAGGCUUUUCCCCAUCAUGCAGCAGAUAGUUGGACUAGAGAAGGCACAUACAGAUUUUUAAAAAUUUUGUCUGAAAACACGGUAGGUAGGGUAUGUUUUACAUUUAUCACUUGCUGUUGCCAUGGUAAAGUUUAAUCCAUCACAAUGUGGCAUUCCACUGAUAUACUUCAUUGACCAGUAUGGGAGCUUUCUGUUCUUUGGUACGAGGUGGUUGGGAUAACUAGGUUAAGACUUUCCUUUGUAAAUCAAAAUCUUGUAUAUACUUUUGAACAAUUUAAUUGUUUGUUAGUUUUAGUUGUCAUCUUGUGUUCAUCUUUGUACAAUUUCAUCUUUGUAAAAUGCAGAGGAUAUGAUAAUAAAGCCGAAAAAUAUUUCUGAA